AUGGCAGACCAAUCCAUGUAUAACACUCUCGGUCAGGGAACCGCUCCCGCUGAAGACCCCUCGAAUCCGAAUCGAAUGGCUCACCAAGUUCCUUCACAAUCGCAACCUGCUGCCGGAUUUCCUCCAGGUCUUUAUCCUCCUCAGCCUGGUGCCUACUACGGGAAUCCGCCUCCAAAUCAAUAUGGUGCACCACCACCACCAGCAGCAGCACAGCAGCUGCAAUCUCCACCUCCGCGGGGCCUGGCACCUAGUCCUCAACUCGCCUACGGUACCGAGACACAGACACAUAUGGGAGCCGCUGCAGAUCCAAUGGCAGGAUUGACUUCGCAGAUGAGUGGCUUGGGAAUAAUGGGAGAUAGCGGUGCCCGGCCAGGAAAGAAGAAGCAUCGACAUGCGCAUCAUGAAAUUGGAGGAGCUACUGCUUCGGCGCCUCAGCAGUUUGCCGGGAUGCCGCAGGCAGGCAUGCAGCCUUCAUCUCAGUUCCUGAAUACUGGGUUAAACCAGGCACCACGUCCGAUCUCACCCGCCGCUGGUGUUCCGCCAGCGGGGAUUGUCCCUCAGCCAGGUGUUCCAGCCACAGGCUCUGGCUCUGUCCCUACCCAGGGCAAGAUUGAUCCGGAACAGAUUCCAAGCAUCCCCCGGUCUCGCGACAUACCGGCACUGUACUACUUCAGCAAUAUCUAUCCGACGAUGGAACGGUAUCUGCCCCCUCCGGCAGCUGUGCCCUUUGUGGCUCACGACCAAGGGAACUCAUCCCCUAAACAUGCCCGACUGACGUUGAACAACAUCCCCACCACCUCCGACUUCCUCUCUUCCACCGGUCUGCCUCUAGGAAUGGUUCUACAGCCCCUGGCUCGCCUCGACCCCGGCGAACAUGAGGUCCCAGUGCUCGAUUUUGGCGAAAUGGGUCCUCCGCGAUGCCGGAGGUGCAGGGCGUACAUCAAUCCUUUCAUGACGUUUAAGUCCGGAGGAAACAAGUUCGUCUGUAACAUGUGCACCUUCCCCAAUGACGUGGCACCGGAAUACUUUGCUCCUUUGGAUAUGUCCGGGGCGCGUGUUGACCGUCUGCAACGGCCGGAGUUGAUGACGGGCACAGUUGAGUUCAUGGUCCCGAAGGAGUACUGGAACAAGGAGCCCGUUGGUCUUCAGCGGCUCUUCUUGAUUGACGUCAGUCAAGAAUCGGUGAACAGGGGUUUCUUGAAGGGGGUGUGCAAAGGAAUCACGGAAGCUUUAUACGGCGCACCCGAUGCUUCUGAAGAGGAUGCAGCUGCGCGACGAGUGCCUGAGGGCUCGAAGAUUGGUAUUGUCACCUAUGAUAAAGAAGUGCACUUCUACAAUCUCAGCGCACAACUUGAUCAGGCACAGAUGAUGGUGAUGACGGAUUUGGAGGAGCCAUUCGUUCCUUUGAGUGAGGGCCUGUUUGUAGAUCCCUAUGAAUCAAAGGAUAUCAUUACGUCUCUGCUACAUCAAAUCCCCAAGAUGUUCUCACACAUGAAGAAACCUGAACCAGCUCUGCUCCCAGCUCUCAAUGCGGCAAUGUCUGCUCUGCAAGCUACCGGUGGAAAGAUUUUUGCGUCUAUAUGCAGCUUACCCACUUGGGGCCCCGGCGCGUUGCAUAUGAGGGACGACCCUAAAGUGCAUGGCACGGAUGCGGAACGGAAAUUAUUUACCACAGACAACCAGGCAUGGAGAACAACUGCUGGAAAGAUGGCCGAACACGGCAUCGGUGUUGACAUGUUCGUGGCGGCACCUGGCGGGACGUAUAUUGACGUGGCUACGAUAGGCCAUGUCGCCGAAGUAUCAGGCGGAGAAACAUUCUUCUACCCCAAUUUCCACGCUCCGCGAGACAUUCUGAAGCUUUCGCAGGAGUUUGCACAUGCAGUUACUCGCGAGACAGGCUAUCAAGCAAUGAUGAAAGUCCGUUGUUCCAACGGUCUCCAGGUAUCAGCGUAUCAUGGUAACUUUAUACAACAUGCUCUCGGGGCGGACUUGGAGAUCGGAUCCAUUGAUGCCGACAAAGCGAUUGGUGUCAUCUUCAGCUAUGAUGGCAAGCUUGACCCCAAAUUGGAUGCACACUUCCAAGCCGCCUUGCUGUAUACUACGGCCGAAGGGCAGCGACGGGUGCGCUGUAUCAACGUGGUAGCAGCAGUCAAUGAAGGAGGGUUGGAAACGAUGAAAUUCAUAGACCAGGACGCUGUUGUCAGUAUUAUGGCUAAAGAGGCGGCUGCCAAAACCGUGGACAAAUCGCUCAAGGACAUUCGGGCCAGCAUUACAGAAAAGACCGUGGACAUCUUCAGCGGCUAUCGCAAGGUCUUCUCCGGGUCACACCCACCCGGACAACUUGUACUCCCGGAGAAUCUCAAGGAGUUUUCCAUGUAUAUGCUGGGCCUGGUCAAAUCACGAGCAUUCAAGGGCGGCCAAGAAGCAUCGGACCGACGGAUUCACGACAUGCGGAUGCUACGCUCGAUUGGGGUCACAGAACUAGCCCUGUACCUGUAUCCCCGGAUCAUUCCGAUCCACAACAUGCAACCCCAAGAUGGCUUCCCCAAUGAGCAAGGACAGCUGCAGGUCCCACCGUCCCUUCGAGCCAGCUUCUCUAAGAUUGAGGAGGGUGGGGCAUACCUCGUGGACAAUGGCCAGAUGUGUCUGUUGUGGCUCCAUUCCCACGUAUCACCCAACCUGCUGGAGGAUCUCUUUGGACCUGGGCAGUCGUCUCUCCAGGGACUCAACCCCCAGACGUCGUCGCUCCCUGUGUUGGAAACCCAUUUGAAUGCGCAAGUGCGCAAUCUACUGCAGUACUUCUCGACUAUCCGAGGGUCCAAGUCAGUUGCGAUCCAGUUGGCUCGCCAAGGGUUGGAUGGGGCCGAGUAUGAGUUCGCAAGGUUACUGGUGGAGGACCGCAACAAUGAAGCGCAGAGUUACGUGGAUUGGCUGGUACACAUUCAUCGGCAAAUCAACUUGGAGCUGGCGGGUCAUCGCAAACGCGAGGAUACCUCUGCCGAGGGGUCGUUGACCAGUCUUGCCGGUCUUCGGGCUCCAUACUGGUGA